UUUGCAUCUUGGCCUCUAUUUUUCUUCUCUUUCAUUUUCUUCCUCUCUAAUGUCUACUGCCAAUCCACCGGUGUCGACCACCGGUGUCGGCCUCGGUUACGGCAUCGCGAUUGCCGUUAGCAUCCUCGUACUCAUCUCCACUAUCAUGUUUGCGUCUUAUGCUUGCGUUAGAGUUAAAGCUAACAGUCGUAGCGAUAGGGGUAGUAGUGAUGGUGGUAACAAUGAUAACGGGGUUGAGAUGUCAAAUCGAGGGUCUACCUUAGGGAUGUCGGUAGAGGCCGUGGUGGUGGUGAUGGGCCUUGAUGGGCCCAUUAUAGAAUCUUACCCGAAGAUGGUGCUCGGUGAGAGUCGAAGACUACCAAAGCCUAACAACGGCCCAUGCUCCAUUUGCUUGUCCGACUAUCGGCCCAAGGAUAGCAUACGGUGCAUUCCAGAUUGCCAUCACUGCUUCCAUGCAGAUUGCAUUGAUGAAUGGCUUCGGAUGAGCGCCACGUGUCCUUUGUGUAGGAAUUCUCCUGCUCCCUCGACGAAUCCUACGCCUAUUGCAACUCCCUUGUCAGAGUUGGUCCCGUUGGCCUUUCACGCCAGGAAACCUACUGGUAGUGGCAUUCAAAUAGAAAAGAAAAAUAUUUGUGGGGUGGCCGUAGAUUGCGGUUGAUGGAGUAAAUGGGGGCACAGAUUUGCCGAUCUGCCAUUCAUUUCUUCUGUCUAGUGGUAGAGAUGGUAGGUGGCCUCUUUUCAAUAGUCAUUAACCAGUCUUUGAUAUAUGCAGAUAUAUUAUAUAUUAAAUUCAUGUUUAACUUCGUUGAAAUUUUUUAGGGCAAAGUAGUUUUGUUUCAAACUAGAUAGGAAUGCAUGUGAUGUUUUAAUUUU